UAGAUGGCGGUAUCUAAUUCCAAUUUGGUUUGCGACUGUAAACAAAGAAGAAGAUUGGACGGAAGUGACGUCAACGUUCAGUCUCACACGGAAACGGCACACUUGACAACAAAACAGAAAGACCAAUUUUUUAUUUGUGUGUACUGUACUUAUUCUGUGUACCGACAAUAUUUCCGAAGGCCUGCAAUAGUUUGUACACGUUGCAAUAAAGGCAUUGCAGCUGCCUCGGCUAACUGAGGCUAGAUAGCACACGUAAGCUAACACUGCGAGGUAUUUCAAUCCAACUGGUAGUGUGGAGUUCCUUGUUUAGGUUACACACAGGAGUUGUCAGUUUCCAGAAAUGGCCUGCACUUUGGAAAAAGUGUUGGGCGAUGCCCGGACCCUUCUCGAGAGGCUGAAAGAGCACGAUACAGCCGCCGAGGGACUGAUAGAGCAGUCCGGGGCCCUCAACCAGAGAGUGCAGAGCAUGAAAGAGGUGGGAAAUGCCCUUCCAGACAAGCACACAGAAGACAACUCAGAGAUUCAGGAGCUGACAAAAUACAAGCCUCAUGUCCUUCUGACUCAGGAAAACACUCAAAUCAAGGACCUGCAGCAGGAGAAUAAAGAACUAUGGUUAUCUCUUGAAGAACACCAGUACGCACUAGAGUUGAUCAUGGGUCGAUACCGCAAGCAGAUGCUCCAGCUGAUGAUGGCAAAGAAGGAGCUGGACACCAAACCUGUACUCAGCCUCCACGAGAACCACGCAAAAGAAGUGCAGAACCAGGUGGAGCGGAUAUGCGAGAUGGGCCAGGUGAUGAGAAGAGCAGUGCAGGUGGACGAUAAGCACUAUUGCUCUGUUCAAGAGAGGCUCGCUCAACUAGAGAUUGAGAACAAGGAGCUGCGAGACCUCCUGACCAUUAGCAAGAGCUCUGUGAAGACAGCAAGAGAGGAAACCAGCCAGCCAGCAGCAGCAGAGCAAGAACAGCCCCCUCAGCCAGAGUCCUACGAGUGAUCAGAACAGUUUUAGUGUGAAUUGUGGAUGAGGCAACAAGUCCUUCAGUACCAGGAGACAGGGUGGAUCAUCUCUUUACCUGUGUUCACCACUUUAUUUUUUUACAUAAGAUGGAAUGCAGUCAAACCACAGCAUAUAUUUUUUUGUAGCAUUGGCAACUUAAACACAACACUCUGGCUAUCGGAUGCAUUUACCUGCAGGUAUUUCUGGAUGAUAGCUAUUGUUUUCAUAUGUACAGUAUGUGUAUUAUCACUGCAGUCGUGUUGGAGUGACUUGGUUAUCACUAAUAAGAAUUCAGUUGGAGCUAGCCUAAGAUUCACAUAUAGUGGAGUAAAGGCAGUAAAAGCAAAGGGGAUUUAUUUUGUUUUUGGCCAAAGAUACAUUUUCAAGGACACAGUUUCUACCUCUUUGGUGCCCCUUUGCUGUUCACACUCUCACUAUGUGUAAAAUACUCAUAACCACCACUACUAUGAGUUCACUUGAAGUCCAUUAAGAAGCCAACUUGUAUUCGACACUAUUUUAAGAGGUUGUGCUUGAUAAUCACUCUGCCAACAAGAUGACUUUUGGCUGUUUUACACAGUUUACCUGCUGAGGAGUGACAGUGGAUCAUUUGUAUGUGAUUGUUAAUCAUUUAAUGAAUUUGAUACGUCUGUUUGUAGAAUUCAUAUAAAAGGUGUGCCAGCUGAUGGAAUAUCUUUAUUUAAUGUUAACAAAUUUCAAAACAUGCCAAGUUUUUUGUGUGAUAGAUAUCAAAUGUAUGUGCACUGUUUGUGGCAGAAAUUGUAUAUUGUCAUCUCAGGAAAUCAGUGUUAAUAAUAUGAACAUGCUGUAAUGACUUCUUGACAGUGUACUGAUUUGUGUCAAAUGAAAUUUCAUUCAGAAACUUUAAAAUACAUUUGCAAUAAAUAAAUAAAAAGUGA